UGGAUGAUGGUAUCUUUGUGUUCUUUGCGGUGGAGAUGCUGGUGAAGAUGGUGGCUCUGGGUGUUCUAGGUCAGAAGGGUUACCUUGGCGACACCUGGAACAGACUGGACUUCUUCAUCGUUAUCAUCGGGAUGUUGGAGUAUUCUCUGGACGGACACAACGUCAGCCUAUCAGCCAUCAGGACUGUCAGGGUGCUCCGCCCACUACGAGCCAUCAACAGAGUACCCAGUAUGCGUAUCCUGGUGACUCUGCUCCUAGACACUCUCCCCAUGCUGGGGAACGUUCUGGCACUCUGCUUCUUCGUCUUCUUCAUCUUCGGCAUCGUGGGCGUGCAGCUGUGGGCGGGGCUACUGAGGAACAGGUGCUUCAUGGGAGAAGACUUCAAAAGGAUUUACAACGUCUCCUUCCUGACUGUGUACUAUCGUCCCGAGGAGACGGAGGACAUCCCUUUUAUCUGCUCAACCAAUCGGGAGAACGGAAUGCUGCGGUGUUCCGACGUUCCGCGCCGCCGAGUGGACGGGUCCUGGUGCAUGCUGGGGGCAGAAGGGGUAGGGGAGGGGCCUGGGGCAGAUGAACCAAUAGGAGGCGGGUGUGUGAACUGGUACCAGUAUUAUAAUGUCUGUCGGGCUGGGGAGCGAAACCCUCAUAAAGGAGCCAUCAACUUUGACAACAUCGGAUACGCCUGGAUUGCUAUCUUUCAGGUGAUAACUCUGGAAGGCUGGGUGGACAUCAUGUACUAUGUAAUGGAUGCUCACUCCUUCUACAACUUCAUCUACUUUAUAUUCCUCAUCAUCGUGGGCUCGUUCUUCAUGCUGAACCUGUGCCUGGUCGUCAUAGCGACCCAGUUCUCGGAGACAAAGCAGCGCGAGAACGCCCUGAUGAGGUCGGAGCAGCGUGCCCGUUACCUCAGCAACGCCUCCACUCUGGCUUCCUAUCAGGAGCCGGGGUCCUGCUACGAGGAGAUACUGCGCUACAUCGGACACCUGUACCGUAAACUGACCCGCAGAGUCGCCCGGGCCGUCACACACUGCUCUACACACACACCUCGCUGUACGUGUUGGACACACUCACACCAACACACACCCAAAGGAGAGGUUAACGGACUGGCCAAUCGGCACUCGGGACACACCCAUGGCGUCUUCCACCUUCGUCCUCCUCUUCCUCGUCCAUCUAACUGUGUGGGGGUGGAGAUGAGUAACGGGGGAGUAGGGAGGAAGGGCAGGGAGUUAAACUACCCCUCUAUCUAUCCCCACGACCUCUACGACCUGACCCCCGACCCCAGCUACAUGACCUCCAGGGGGAGGGGCCACACCGUCACACUGGUGUUAGAGCACGAUAAGAAGGCAGAGCACAGGGAGUCAUUGCCGUGCCCCUACUGCGUCCACGACGACCAGCUUUGUGACAACGACCAUGCCGAUUUUGAACCUAGCAACCAGGGCCAUGGCAACCUGAGCCCUCGCCGCGUUGACAGCCUUCGGCGUGUAGAUGGACAGGCCUUGAGGCCAAUCAGAGACCUAGUUGGGUGGUGGGCGGAGCUACAGGCCAGGUUGGAGCAUGUGGUGAGCAGUAGAUACUUCAACAGAGGGAUCAUGAUCUCCAUCCUCAUCAACACUCUCAGUAUGGGGAUAGAGUUCCACCAACAGCCCCAGGAGCUGACUGACAUCCUAGAAAUCAGUAAUCUAGUGUUCACCAGUCUCUUCAGUCUGGAGAUGCUGCUGAAGCUGCUGGCCUUCGGACUCUUCGGCUAUAUCAAGAACCCGUACAACGGAUUUGACAGCGUCAUCGUCAUCAUCAGUGUCUGGGAGAUCGUUGGGCAGGCGGACGGCGGUCUGUCUGUCCUGCGUACCUUCCGUCUGCUGCGGGUCCUGAAGCUGGUCCGGUUCCUGCCCGCCCUGCGCAGACAGCUGGUGGUUCUGAUGAAGACUAUGGACAACGUAGCCACCUUCUGCAUGCUGCUCAUGCUCUUCAUCUUCAUAUUCAGUAUCCUCGGCAUGCAUCUGUUUGGCUGUAAGUUUGGUCUGAAGCUGGACAGUGGAGACACGCUACCUGACAGGAAGAACUUUGACUCGCUGCUCUGGGCUAUCGUCACUGUGUUCCAGAUCCUGACUCAGGAGGACUGGAAUCUGGUCCUGUAUAACGGCAUGGCCUCCUCUCUGAUGACGAUUGGGAACUGA